AUGGCUAGUAAACAAUUUGAUCAGAAUGGUGUUACAUUAUUUGAAAGCAUUCCGAAUGAGAUUUUUAUUGAAAUUUUAUCUUACAUAACUUCCAUUAAUGCCGUCGUCGCGUUCUCAAAUCUGAACUGGCAUCUUCAAAGGUUACUCACUGAACUUUGUCAUACAUUCGAUUUUACGUCAAUCAGUAAGAAGAACUUUGACACCAUCUUUCAAUACCAGAACACCAAUCGAUGGCAUUCAUUAAAGCUUUCCGAUGCCGAGCAUACACCAGGUCAAGUGAGCUACUUCUUUGAAAAUCAUGCUCUUGCCAAUAAAUUCUCUCAGCUGCAAUCUCUAUCUAUCGUAAAUAUAAUACCCAAUCAUUCAUAUCCACUAUUUGCUCAACUUUCAUCUCUUUCGAACUUGGUAUCCCUUGAAAUUGAAUCCUUAUGCAGAGAAAAUAUUCCAGAAUUCAAACUUCCAAAUUUAAAAAAACUCACUUUCAGUUCAUGCCCUAAUACAAGUUGGCUCAAAAAUCUUACUGGACUUGAAAUGAUUGAGUACACAAUUACAUGUCGUUGCAUCAAAGCUAAACUAUUAGUAUGGCCACGAACAUUAAAAUAUCUGAAGAUAGUUUUUGAAGAUUAUCAAGAUUUGUAUCAGAAACAACCAGGAGGAUUCUUUCCUCGUGGUGAAACAUGGGCACAAAUUAUUUCUGCAUCGAUUCCAUCCUUGGAAAACUUCAAGUUCUAUUUUCAAUGCAUAUGUCAUGAUCACCACUUGAAUCACCUUAAAGAAGUCGUAGCAUCUUUCUCUACGCCAUUCUAUACAUUGGAAGAGAAUCGCAUUGUACGCUGCGAUGUAUCUGGCCGUUUUGAAACACCUAUCCAUGAUGUUGAAUAUGCUUGGACCCAUAACCUGACUAAAUUACGACACAUCACUAUUGGCGACGGUGCAGCAAUAUACUUGGAAGAUUUUAAUAUUUUAUUGGAUAAUGCAUCAAAUCUAUGUUCAUUAACUGCAAAAAAGAGUAUGCUAAAAUUCCUGACAGAUAAUUGGACUGACAUGUGCAUCUGUAAUCGUCUUACACGAAGGAUUCGUUCAUUAACAUUUAGUUCAGACAGAAAUCCAUCACAAUGUUUUGAUAUAAAUGAACUUGAAAAAAUCUUGCCAAUUUUCUCUUCGCAAUGUCAGCAUUUAUCGUUAGGUAUUCAUUCACACAACAAGACGAUCGAUUUUAUCUUACGUAAGAUGUGCCACUUGAUCAGUCUACAUGUGUAUAUCCAACGAAAAAACUCUCCACCAAUUACAGUUGAAUGGUUAGAACAACAAAAUAUGCGAUUCAAUGGUACCAAUUGUAUUAUUACGAAUGUUCGACAUGAUCAUUAUUUUUGGUUAGGAUAA